AUGGUGGGUUUUACACGUGUGUUUCGUUAUGAUGUUUACGUUCGCGUAUUUUGCUCUUUUAACCAAACUAAUUAGGGUCUUUUUAUUGUUUAUAAGCAGUUAAGGAGACAGGCAAGGCUCAGGAGAGAAUACCUUUAUCGAAAGUCCACCGAGGAUAAGGAACGAGUGACUUAUGAGAGAAAGAAAAAGUUGAGGACUGCUUUGGAAGGUAAGCGAAGAAAGCUUUUAUUCGACGAGAAAUGUACCAUGCAUAAGUUUCAUUGAAUAUGAAGGUAUUUCACGAUCUAUGACAGAAAUGAAAGUCUAUAUUCUUGUCUUAACUUUUAUCGAAAUCGCUGUCUUUGAAAUGCAAGGUCUUCAGAGUAUGGCAGAACUCAACCAAAUCUCGUGCCUGCAAUUGCAAAGGAGAUUCUUCCGUGUGAAAUGUAUGAAAAGAGGGGAUAAAAUCACGCGGGCAUCUGCCAUACUCUGCAGACAAGCGAAGUGAUGGUCUUAGUUCUUGGAACACCUACAUGGAACACACACAUGGUACACAAUGCAAAUAUCCUGAUUUUAGUUAUUGUUUAACAAACAGAUUUCCUGUUGUAUUACGUCUGUUCAGUAACAAAUCACAAGUGAUGUCAAAAUGUGGUAAGAACAGUUCAGUGGCACACUGGGUGAAGUAUUACAGUCUUGGAUAUCAUGGCUAAUUAAAAAACAACCAUCUGUGCAUGCUUUUGAUCUUGCACACAACAACAGUUUGUAUUUUUAUGAUAAUGAUGUCAAGAAUGUUGGUGCUUAGUUGCAAACUCUCAUCUGCAAUUACUUUUAGCAUAGAAUGUCAAGUCAUUCUUUAUUUGCCUUUCCAGAGGGAAAGCCCAUUCCAACGGAGUUGAGGAAGGAUGAAGCUGCACUAAGAAAGGCCAUUGAAUUUGAUGAUGAGAAACAUGAAAGUGAGAAUACUGUUGUUGCUGUGAUUUGUUUAAACAAUAAGUGUUGAUAGCAAUUACUGUUCUAUUAUUGUUCUUGUUGACAGGUGCUGUAUAGCAAAACCAGGGAAUAAUAACGAAUCAGUACAUAAGCAACUGCACCCUUACCCCUCCCCUCCCCUAACCCAACCUUAACCCCAACUGGUCAUCAGUUUUCUGUUGUUGGUUUGGGGGAGGGGUAGGUGUGUAGUUGCCCAGAUGCUGACAGUGAUCCACAAAUCUUUUCAAAAUAUUGUUCUGUAAUUUCACACGCAAUAAUGAGAUGUUAAGAUUGAACUGAAAUGAUCUAGUGUUUAUGUCAUUCACUUGUGACCAAACUUUUCAUUAACAUUUUAACUUUCAAGAUCUGAUUGUUAAUUCUCCUUGCUAGCUGCUAUCCAUUCUUUUAAAAUUAGGGAUGAGAAUUUGGUGUUAGAUCAAUAUAACAACUACCUGAUAAAUUUGAGUAUGCUUAUUACCUGUUUUCUGGAUAAUGUAUGAAUCUAAUGUAUGGAGAAGUUACAUGUUAAUCACUUAAGGGUGAAAGGGUUAAAGAAUCUGCAGGUUUGACAAGGAGGGUGGAGGAGGGGGUUUAGACAUUCAGAUCCUCCCUCUGAAUCCUUUACUGUACCAACUGUUUACAAAAGGAUAAUAUGGUAAUCAGUUGUUUACUUGUGUAUGUUUAGAGACUGGCUCUCACCAGGAUGAUGAAUAUGCCUGGGCAGGAGUGCGAGAUCCCAAGAUAAUGAUAACAACAUCUCACAGCCCAAGCUCAAGGCUGAAACAGUUUGCUAAGGUAAUAACUAUGGUAUCAUUGAACAGAUGCGUGCAAGGUUUCCAUAACAUUUUGCAGAAGUGGCUGUCAAUGGUGCAAAAUGAAGCUGUGUUGUAAGGGAAAAUUCAAAGAUAAGAAUAUGCUCCCUGGCUAAACAGACAGCAGUGAGAGAUCUUACAGGCAGUGGAAGGCUACUGAUGACUAGCUUUAGUUGACACUGCAGCAUGUGUAUCCCUUGGAUCUUGGUAGUUCUAGAACUCAUUUGUGUUACUUUUGUCAAGAAAAUCAAGUGAUUGAAACUCAGGACCAACAACUUGUUAGGCUGGAUUUCAAGUCAUUUGAAAUGGUUAUAACUGUUGGAUUUGCAUUGAAAGUAAAACAAGUCAAUUUGAAAUUUUUGUUAAUUUGUUAGCAGGGUACAAUCCCAAAUUCAAAGAAAACAGAUGAACUACCAAAAUGAUUUUCAUUUUUCCAUUGAAAAAGGUGCUAAAUAAAGGCAAACAAUAAAAAUACACUUAUUGUUUGGCUACUAAAACAGGUUUAAAUUGAAGUGAUUCUUUUAACAGAGUGGACAAGUGUAAUUGACCCAUCAUGGCGUGCACUAUAAGUUAGAUCUACUGAUCAUAAAUUUUUAUUGCUUAAACUGAUGUCUUAUACUUUGUAACACCUAUUUCUUUUACCCCACAGGAACUACGAUUAAUUUUUCCUAACAGUCAGCGAUUGAAUCGUGGUAACUAUGUGAUGAGUCAACUGAUUCAGGCUUGUAGAGCUAAUGAAGUUACAGACUUAAUAUUGGUUCAUGAGCACAGAGGAGAACCAGGUAUGCCUUGGAAAGUUUUCUCUUUUCAUUGCAAAAUGUUUCAAUUUCUUUUAAUGUAGGACCUGUCGAAGUGAAAAUUAACAUCUUUUCUUUUCUGAGUCCUCAUUCAUUAAAGCUGGCUUAUGAAUGAACUUGAGAUAUUUUUUAAUACUUCAUUUUGUAGUAUUCUUUGAGUAUUGUCAGUUUGCAGCAUUCUUUAGCAAGUAUGCAGUUAUUUGCAGUUUAAUUGCAAACUAGAAUUCACACAAGUAUAAUUAUGUUGACACCUUGAUGAGGCUUUUAAAAAGACUGUUAAAAUUGUGUGGCAUGGCUCUUCUUAAAAGCUCGGAACUGGUUAUUUUAACCAGCUCCUCAAAUAAUUAUUUAACCAGCUUUUUCACAGAAAAGUAGUUACUGAGCUAAUUGUUAAACAAUGGUAGUUUUGUUCAAACACCAAAAUCCAUUGUAUCCAAUUAGAAAUCUUGCUACUCUUUUGCAAACCAGUUUAGCAAAUAUACCUCUUUGGUGAUAUUACCUUGAAAAUAUGUCAUGUCUUGAAGAAAUCCUGCUUCACUUGACUGACCAAUUCAUCCCUUGAUGACAACAUGCAUGAUCCAUCACUUUUAUUUAUGUUCCUAUCACAGCUAAACUAAAAAUCACAUCAGUUUAUGCAACCCCCACACCUUCAACAUGAAGGGCAGGUGUUAAGAUUACUAGUAAAUUUGUUAUUUUUUUACAUUCUAUGAAAAAAAUAUUAGCUUAAGCUUUUCUAAGGUGGGGUCCUAUCUCAUACCUUUGUCUGUUCUCAUUACUAUUUUGCCGGAUAAUGUGUUAAUAUUGUGUGAAGAAUCUGGAUGUUAACAAUUUUGCACCACAUUCCUUUGCAGAUGGUCUGGUUGUUUCCCAUCUCCCAUUUGGUCCAACAGCUUAUUUCACAUUAUCAAACACAGUCAUGAGACAUGACAUUCCUAAAAUUGGCACCAUGUCAGAAGCAUACCCGCAUUUGAUUUUUCAUAACUUCAAUUCGAAACUUGGAGAAAGGGUAAGUUUGGAAAUAUUUAGGGUCCAGUUGUUCGAGGGCCAACAAGCGCAAACCCAAGAUCAAAUUUUUAUCCAGGUCUCUUUAUUCCUUUGUUCAAAAGCUCUUUUGGGAUUAUUUUCUCUAUUCUGUGUGGAGCAUCCAAUCAUUAAAUUGUUGAUCAAAAGAAGUAUACUGAAUUUUCUUUGAAAGCUUUCAGAUCUGAAAUCAGAUUUCACACUGUCCUAAGGUUAUCUUAACUUAGCUUUAAACAACUCGACCGAGGUGCUCUAGCUCAUGAAAAAUAUAAAUUUAUACAUGUAAAUCUCUGAGAUUCUGGGAUUUAUUUCUGUCCUUUUUUCAGCCAGAUGUUGAUGUUGGAAUCAGUUCAAAAGUACCUUUUUUUCUUGUCCUUCAUCACAAUUCACAAAGUGCAUGGGGCAAAAUUAUCCUACAGCCAGCAGGUUCCCACUUCUGACGGGCUCCCAAUGGCAGCCUUGAGUUAUGCGACACUUUUGCCCAUUUUUUGAUGGAUAACCCCACUUUUCUUAUGACACCGCGAUAUGUGUGAUUAGGGAGGUUAAGAAACGACGACGGCGACGCCGUGGAUAACGUCGGCUAAAAAGUGAACCUAUGUUUUACCUACGAAUCUCACGACACUCUAAAGUCAUUUAGUUUGUUUCUCGCUCUCGAAACUGAAUAGGAAACACAGCGUAAAAUUGGAAAAAGAAAUUAAAAAAAUUAGCCGUCGUCGCUCACGUUGUUGUUUUGCAGAGGACGCAAAGAAAUGUCGAAAGAUUUAUAACGCACGUGCAUAGCCAUUGUUCUGCUUAUUAAACCUUUUUGUUUCGUGACGUCGCCGUUGCCGUCGUGGUUUUCUUUAACUCCUUAAUAUGUAUACAGUACAGAGACAGUUGUUUUCAUUUUAUGCCAAUCUCUUUGAAGUUGAUAUGUACCUGCAUGUGUUAUGCUCCAGCAAUGCGGUAUACGAAAUGCAUAAAUACACCAAGUGAUAAAGAUUAUGAAAGGCUGUGGCAUUUUGAUUUAGAUCUUUUUUUUCUUUUAAUAGGUCAAAAGUAUUCUAAAAUAUUUAUAUCCAGUUCCUAAAGAUGAGAGCAAAAGAGUGAUCACAUUUGCAAACCAGGAAGACUACAUAUCAUUCAGGUCAGUGACUGAAAGGGCGAGCAGCACCUCGAAGUGAAGAUGAAGAGCAGUUUACUUGUAACAAACGAGUGUCGAAAGUAAUCCGGCGCUGCAUUAUUGUUGCUUUACUUUGCACUGUGAUUGUUCCAGAAAACUCGCGCCACUUUCGCAGCCAAUCAGAUGUAAAACUGAAACCAAUCACGACUUGGUCACUCGCGUCUUCUCGCGCUUUAGGCAGUUUGGUUGUUUUUACUUAGAGUUCUCAUUGGCUCUUAAAGUUAUUUUUCUUUCUUCUGAUUGGCCUUUUUGAUUACUUAGGUUUUGGAUGUACGACACUCAAUCGAAAAGCGCUCAAGAACAAAGGAGAUUACUUUGAUUGGUGACAUCAAAAAAACUUUCUGAAGCGUGAGGAAAUUAUCGAAAGGAAGCAUCUUUUGCUUUGAAUCUGAUUGACUCAAAAAGUGGCGUAAACUUUCAGGACCAUUGCAAAGAAAAUUAAUUACAAAGCGAUGCCUGAUUUUUUAGCAGUCCUAAUAUACCUUUGAAAAUUGUGAAUUGGGUUAUUAACAUAAUAUUAAUGUAUUCUAAAAUUUGUACCAAUUUUCUUUUCUACUAGGCACCACACUUACAAAAAAGUCGAUGGACAGGUUGAAUUGGCGGAAGUGGGGCCAAGAUUUGAAAUGAAAGGUAAUUUUUGUAGCUGUGUUGAAAUUUGUCACUUAUGCAGUGCCAUCCUCUAAGACAAAGCAGGGUAGCAAAGUCAUAAUUGGGCGACCUAGAAUCAUAAAAUGGUCACCCGAAAGAGUCUUGGUCGUCGGGGAAAAAGGAUAAGAGCACUUUGUGCGCCCUUCGAUGCCCUGUCCGCGUAAACAAGAUUUUUCCCUCGCAAAUGAACAAAUAGGUUAAGGGAAAAACGCAAAGUAAUUUGUUUGAAGAGGCCUCCUCGAAAACACUCGCCAGUUACGAGAAGGCUCUCGCGCUUUGAUUUCGCCUUACGGCCCCUUUUCCUUGCACAGCCGCUAACAACUGCAGCUUAUGGAAAAAAAUAUUGAAAUCCUAGCGAAAGUGUUCAGUAUCUAAAGCAUUUACCACAAACUUGAGUCUAGGGAAAGGUUGAGAAUUGUAUCCUUUUCCCUUUCAGUUUAUGAAAUCAAGCUUGGAACAGUUGAUCAGAAUGAAGCUGAUGUGGAAUGGAGGCUACGACCCUACAUGAACACAUCCAAGAAGAGAAAAGUGCUUAGUAGCUAGACAGAUUGGACUUUAGGUAAUUAGAGAAGAUAGGUGAUAAUGUUAGGAAACACAAAAACUCAAUUCUUUAUUUACAUGUACAGCCAUGAAUGGAUCAUUUCUAUUGAAUAUCUGUUUUCUUUAUUUUACAACUGUUUUACUAUGUAACUCCUUAACCUCCAAGAGUGGCUGGCUUCCAUUAUCUCCCCACAUUAUCACCCCUAAUAUAUCACCCCCACAAUAUCCGAAUAAAGGAAACGAUCCUCAACUGAAGAUGCUCUUGACUGGUCAACAAAUUUUCCUCGUCAGAUCCUUAGGAAAUGCAUGAAGAAUAGUAUGAAAAAUAUAUAUACUGACAGGUUGUCGAAACGUUGGUCACCAGUCCUUUCCAGCAAUUCCCUCACUCAGAGGAUUAGACCACAUGUGAUCGCCUGUUACUCCUUUAACAGUCUGGAG